UGGCGACGGCUCACUAAAAAACACCCAGAAGUAGCAGGAGAGUCAGAAAUAGUUUUUACAGAUGAGCACACACCAAGUACAUCACAGAGAAUGUACUAAGUAAAAACUAACUAGACGUCCUCAAAAUGUGUUACCUUCUGAACGUCACGAGUGGCUUCUCACAGAAGACGUUGCUCCUUUUAGGCUGUGCGGUGACGUUUUUGUAUGGUGUUUUGUUUUCCGAAAUUUUCGUUGGGGAGUAUGCCUUGACGUCCCAAAGCUUAGCUGCCGCCUCUGCAUUCACGGACCGGCUGACGCAAGAUGACAACUUUUUCACGCCACGGAUUCGACUAAGGGUUACGGCUAGUGCUACUAGAUACGCUGUACUAGUGAGAAGUAUUGAUCGACUUCGACUUGCCCCCUCACAUAUCUUACAGGUUAGUCCUUCCAUCAUCCAAAGUAUGCUAGUGUCUAACCUCUCUUCAUCUUCAAUCUCUAUGUACUCACGUAGUGUGCGAUGACUUGAGUGUAAAUGUGUAAGUGUAACUGAGUGUAAAUGUGUGCGCGUAACUGAGUGUAAAAAAAUGUGUAAGUUUAACUGAGUGUAAAUGUGUAAGUGUAAAUGUGAGCUGAAGACUACAGGAGGCAGGGAUGUGAGGAAGGAGCCACGACAGGGAUCAUAACAAGGCAUGGUACAACAAUAACCAACGGGCAUCAUUACGACAGGGAUCAUGGACGACUUAGUCACGACCUUCCACGAUUUCUAAAAUAAAGUGGAUCGCUACAGGAGAGUACCUGGUUUACGGGUGUAUGCUGUCGACUGCAAUAUUUGCAGGGAUUCCAGCUGUCAUAAGCAAAGGAGAUGGAUAUGGCAGGGUGGCCUUGAAAGUUUUUACAGGUAUUCCAUACAGAAGAUACCGUUAAUAUAGCUCUAGUGGCGCCGUGGACUCGAGCACUGAAAAUCUGCGACCUACUGACUGAAAUAAAAGAUUUUUGACUGCAUAAUUCCUCUUCGUUUUUCAGUACCUCGCUUAUUUUACGUGGUUACUCGCUUAUUUCAGUUUAUCGAAUAACUGACUGUGUAUUGACUGGCCAUGUGGUAGUCCCUCUGUGGCUGCGCAUAUUCACCCGAGGAGGCAGGUCAAACUGUGGACGGUGAAUCAAAUCCUAUCCUAUCCAUGAUGUAGAGGUAAUGAUCGUACUGCUGUUCCUGACUACUUUCGUAACUUAUAAAUAUAUGAGCUAGAGCAAGAGCUAGACCUGCAAAGAAAUCUUUCUGCCUCCAGGUGUCGUCCUCCUCGUUACCUUUAGUACGUUCGUGUUGGGCCUGUGCAUGUUGAUGGUUGUGGAUUCUAUUGGGCCUAUUUUGAGACAGCAGUCUAUCGAUUAUUGUGCUUCGCCGGAUUACGAGUUUGCUAUGCAGGGGUUGGGUUGCGACAUUCACGGAAAUCCAUUGCCGAUGGAGUUAUGAAUUGGCUUUUUCGAAGAUAUAAUUACAAGGCUUUUUCGAUACUAUGACGACCCUAACCCUAAGCCCAGCCCUAAGCCCACUUGUGAAUAAGCAGGACAUGUGUUCUUGGUCCCACGUCCAAGACAUCCAUGUGUCUCCUACUACUAGAGUUGAAAAUGAUACGGCAAAACAGAAGCAGAAGCUGCAAGUAAAUUUUAUGACAUUGGGGAGGUGGUAGUGGUUGGACUAUUCAGAUUCGGAUGAAUCAACCGCCAUUCUUCUAACUCAGCUAAAGAACUCAUCUAACAUUGUUCCCAAGUUCUAUCGCAUCAGGGUGUGGACCUAGCUGCCAACAGCGGAUAGAAUUUCUGCAAAAGAUGGAAAACAAAUGUCAAAACAUGUGGCACCUCUGCAAGUCUCGAGGCUAUGACGAAGUUCACUCACCCUCUACUCAGUCGUCGAAGCUAAAAGCUCAGCAGUCGUCGCUUCUGAAAAACGAUCCUCACAUUGGGAAUUUGCCAGUAGCUGUUGCGGAUGGGAGUGGCUCUUUUAAGAAAGCUUUUUUGAUCGCAGAGGCAUAGACAUUAAGCUUCAACAACGAGGCUAGAAUGCGAUUUUCUCACCGACUUGCUUGGUCCGUCAUUUGGCGUCUCUUUCAAGGACAUUUACGUUAUUUGAGUGACUGGUUUUAGUUUUUUGGCAUUGGCUUCAUUUACACAGUCACAGGUGUUACUACAGAAGUAGAAGAAUUGUUCAUGGAUCUUCUAAGAAGUCUCGUCUGUCGCUCUCCUACAAUGGUAGCCAAUGCGCCUUAGGUCCGGACGGGACACGGGGGGCUGCUGCCUUCAGGAGUCCUUUUCCCAACACAGCGACGCAUUGCGAAGGCCUCUGUGACGGCGAUCAGCUGUGUACGGGCUACAUGACCGAGGAAGAUACCGUUGGGAGUGGGGCCAGUGGAUUCUUUUAUGGAGAUAUGAUGGGACAAGUAAGUAUGAUUAUGAUAGAAGUUGCAGUAAUAAAUUUGUAUUCCCUAGCCGCGUUCAACAUCAUCGUCUUGGAUGAAGGGUCGGACUAACAUUCUUAGGAUUUGAUGGGGAAAUACUAACGGGUAUGCUCUCCAGCAGCUGAGGAUGUUGCAGCCGCGGAUGUUGUAGAAGUACUAGAUCUGGACGCCCCUGGAGUAACAUGAUCCUCUCUCUGCCUAUUAUCUGGACGCCCCUGUCCUCACCUUUCAUUCCAUUUCGACCUCACCGUCCGCACCAACGGGGGAGCGAGUCUAUUGCACCCUUUACACGCACACUAGACCAGAGCCUAACUGGCAGGCGGUGGACCAGAGUCAUAAGACUGAACCCCUAGUAGCGCGAUCGGGAUGGAGCAAUGACGAAAAACUACUAGAUGUAGCACAAAAAAUGUCAAAGGAUACGGCUACUACUGAUCACGACAGGACACGGACGCCCAGGAACCCCGCGAGGAGGCUGGGUCUCCUGAUGGGUAUUUCCAUUUUUUGAAGGAUCUCGUCCUCUUUAGGAAGUCCAAGUCGUUCUCCCAGUUCUAUUACUUAGGUGGAGGUCGUCGGUCUUGCUCGUAGGCGUAGGGGCAGGCCCUCCCAUGUGUUGCAUCUCGAGUUUUCUUUUCCAUGAUUUCCUUUGCCAUUUAUUCACAACCAGGUUCUCAACAACAAGACGGAGGUUUUAUCACUUAUCGAUGUCAUGUUAAAGGCGCUUCUCUUAAGGCUAUUAGUAACGACUUCGUCUCGACUAAUUAUUCAUCUCAUAUAGUUAUAGAGAUCCCUCAACCAUUUGAUGAGGGAUCUCCACGCACGGGGAUCACGAGCUAGGUAAAACGUGGAGAUCCCCGUGCGUGGAGAUCCUCGGUGGAAAUAUAGGCGCAGGGAUGAACAACCUGGCAUAUUAGCUUUAAUUUUCUUGUGGUCGCAAAUUUUACGACGUAUGUGGCCCUGUUCGCUUUCUUGUGUUUAACGUAUUCUCUCCUUCUAGUAGCCGUCGCAGGGUGCAGUUUCGGAUACCUCUGCCCCUUUAGUCCAGCCAAAACCGGAUUUGCGCUUUGUAUUUAAGCCUGGAUUUUAUCUCCUAAUUCGUUGGUUCUCUUUUUUAUCUCCGCUCAUUAGUCACAAGGUCAGGUGAGGUUAAAUAAAGUUUCAGAUAGUCGUGGUGCUACUGCUAGUGGAGUGAGGUUUGACUAUGUCACUUUUUUAGAUUGAGGUCUCAACUCAAACUCUCAUCGAGAGAGAGACAGAUGAAAGAGGAGACUCCUGGCGUGUAGGACGCGAAGAGCCUCCUUACUACCUGCGCGUUUUAGAAAAUUCCAAGAUAUUGUCUUAAUAUGAUCUCUCUUAGCGGUCCUUCUCUGGUCGGGGUUGUUCGCUUCGAGUAUGCAUGUCUUUAACUUAUCUGUACCUGCUGUGAACCCGACCGAAGUGGUGAAGGUGAUGAUGGGGAAGACAAUGUUGAAUUGGUGCAGCAUGGGAGCUAUGAAAACGAAGACGCGGGUACUACUGCGUUGUUCAAUCCAGCAACGUAUAACACAGGUGGCGCAGGCGGUGGCAUGAGAUUAUGGCUACAUGUACAUAUGAUUAUGAUGCAGUGGUCAGGGUCACUCUGUUACAUGUACAUACGGUGCAGUGGUCACUCGUUUGAACCUAAAUAAUCUUCUUUUUACUUGUUAAAAAGAGCAGCAAGAGCAUGGAUGGACAUGCAACAUUUUUUACAAAUGCGGUUCAGAAAAUUUAAAUUGGUUCUUGUUAGUAGCAGCUGCGUCUGCAGCAAUUGCCUUCAUCAUUGGUUCUUGUCUCUGAUGGAAUUCUAGCAUUGUUCGAAACUCCAGCAUUACGCCCGUUCUAAUCACAAACCCUUUUUUGAAUCCCCGUGGCAUUUUGGGAGAGGGAAGUAUGUCUUGGUCAUCUGGGAGAGGAUUCACUUCUUCUUCAGCAUCUUCAGCUGUGAUGCAUCACGAUGGCAUAACGGGAAGCAGUUCGUCGGGAGGUGCUCAAGGAGGUGGAAAUUAUUUGGAAUAACGCAAAAAUCUAAAUUUUAUCCUCCAGGAGCGCUUGUAUACAUGUGUAGUACAGUUUUCGCGAAAAAUGUUGAUGAUGUUCAUCCAUGAUCAUAACCAUCUCGAGAAAAAAAUGUCAUCCGUCUUUCACCUCGAGAGUUGGUUCUUCUAUUUAAUUUCACAUUUUCAUUUAUUUGAUUCAUUUUCAUUCCGUUGCUCUGUGUAAGAUUUGCUUCAAACUUGACCAGGGAGGGUUAGACCUGAUAAGGCUAACCCGACGAUGUACAGACAAUGAACAGGACGAUUGAUUGUCAGGCACGAUCCUAAAAAUAAAGAAAAACAGAGUUGAAAGAAAAAUCAACAUUUCUACUCAUCGAACCACACCAUGAAGCGACAGCGAGCGUGCUUCCUGAACGUGGUGAGA